GAACCAUGCAGCGCGACUGAUAAAGUCGAGAGAGCGGGCGUUUGUUGUCAGUGGACAGGGAUCAUACGCUUCAGGGUGAAAGGGAAUUAUAGCCAAUUGCGAAAUUGAGCCUAAUCCAUUGCAGUGGCAGAGACUGACCGCUCAGUAGUUCCGAUUUGAGAGCAGGGAGAGAUCACCACCCUGCUUCAAUAAGGUAAAUAUUACAUUAGCACAUUGCUACACACCCCAUCAAAAAAGACGGAAGAGAAUAAAAUCAGGAUUGCAAAGGUUUUUCUUUCUCACAAACAAUUAAUAUUAACAAAAGUUUAUCAGCAAAGCUUCAAGAUGCCUCGGGUGGUCCCGGAUCAAAGGAGCAAGUUUGAAAACGAAGAGUUCUUCAGGAAACUCAGUCGGGAGUGCGAGAUAAAAUACACAGGGUUCCGAGACAGACCGCAUGAGGAGAGGCAAGCCAGGUUUCACACCGCUUGUAGGGACGGUCGUUCAGAAAUAGCUUUUGUGGCGACGGGCACCAACCUCUCGCUGCAGUUCUUCCCAGCCAACUUGCACGGGGAGCAGAGGCAGACGCCCACACGAGAGUAUGUGGACUUUGAUCGGGAGACGGGAAAGGUGUACCUGAAGGCCCCUAUGAUCCUGAAUGGAGUGUGUGUGAUCUGGAAGGGCUGGAUAGACAUGCUGCGCCUGGAUGGGAUGGGAUGUCUGGAGUUCGAUGAGGAGAGAGCACAGCAUGAGGAUGCUCUGGCGCAAGCAGCCUUUGAGGAUGCACGUAGGAGGACCCGGGACUUUGAGGACAGGGACCGCUCGCACAGAGAGGACCUGGAGCCCAGGCGACAGCAGGACCCCAGCCCUGGCACCAACAUGGGUAACAACGCUGAUGAUCACAAGAUGCGCUAGAGGCCAGCAAGACACAGGGAGUGGGUCAGGGUGAUCUGUCCAUCGUACUAUGCCAGUCUCACACCCUGACAUCAAGCUGUUAACUGGAGAGACCAAAGUCCACAUUG